ACAGGAGACACAUAAAUCUAAGUACAGAACUGAAUCAGUCAGAGAUUGAAAGUUUGAUAGACAGGGAGUUGACAAAGAUUGAGCAGGCCUACAGACAGGCAGUGGCAGCUCUGGAAGAAAAGCACUUUGUGGAAAACAAGACAAUGCUGGAAAACUUUGAGCAAGACAAGAAAUGCUUAAUAAGUGAACAGAAACAUGUGGAGGCAAUAAUUCUGGCAGAACAGCAAAGAGAUUUACAGACCGCAUUUGCCCAAGAGAAAUAUGACCUUGUUCAGAAACAUGAGGGUGAAAAAAGCUACAUGUACCAUCAGUACCAGCAAGAGAUUGCUACUCUACAAAAGAGAUUGUUGCAAGCACAAUCCCACACUGAAGACAACGAGUGUUUGAAGCAGUCAGUUCAACAUCUGGAGACUCAGGUUGCAAAGUGUAAGGAGGACAUACAACAACUUGAAAACAGACAAAAGUCUGACUGUAAAGUUCAGCUGCAGCAGCAAGAAAUUGCCUUGAGACGUGAGUUUGAACAGGAAAGAAAACAACUAGAAGAACAAUGUCUCUCAGGCAAACUGAAAGAGGAUUUUUUCAUGCUUGUUAAAGAACAUACUGACAGAGAAGUGAGGCAGUCUCAAGCUGUCUUACUAAAUCAGCUACAGAAGGAUCGAAAGGAUAUGGCCACUGCAUUUGAAGAAGAGAAAUGUCACAUUUAUGAAAAAGCUGACAGUGAACGAGAAACUUUGGUAGCAAAAUAUGAAAAGCAGAUAGCAUCACUGAAAACAGAACUGAAUGAAACUCUGUCAAAAUUAGAAGCUGAGAAACAAAUGAUAUGUGAGAUGUCUUUGAAAUAUGCUAAAGACAGUAUAGCAUCAGAAAAUGCUCUGGAGACUUUGAGAAAGUCAAUGGAGCUUGCUAAAGUAAGUACCUCUAUGGCACUGGCUCAGUCCAAGUUUGUUCGUGAGCUGGAGCUAAUGAAACAGAAGGCAAAACACAUGGUGGAAGUGGAGAGCUACACCAAGCUUCAGAUCAACCUCGUGGAGCAUCAGCGACUUGUCAUCACCUUACAGAACGCCUUGAGAGAGAGAGAAUCUGUCAUUGACAAAUUUAUAAAACAGGCAGAUGCAGAAACCUGGAAAGUUACAAAGAUGAUGGAAGCCAGAAUCAAAGGCAUUCAGAGUAAACUGGACUUGGCUCAAGAUGAACUAACUAGAUAUAAAGAAAAGUACUUGCAAACUUGUGCUCAGAUGAAUCAGCGAAACUUGAUACUAAAGGACUUGUAUCUGGAAAACUCAGACCUAAUGAAGGCACUGGCAGACAGUGAAGACAAGAGAAAGCAGUUACAUCAACAAAAGAGAACAAUGAAGGAAAAGUUGGACACAUACAGGAAAACAAUUGACACUGUAUAUGAAAAUCUGUCCAGAUGA